UCGCUGUCAGAACUGGAGAAGGCAAGGAACGAAACGAACUGUUCAUUGCCGUCUGUAGGCUGUGGAAACGGAAUUUCAGGUAGCUAACUGUGCGAGCCGAACCGAGACGGAUUGGACCUCGAGCCCGCAACGGAGAGGAGGAAAGAGGAGAGAAUUGACGAAGACCUUGAUAUCCAAAAUAGCGUUCAGAUUUACACAAAUAUUACACUUUAGUAGCACUGAAACACAAGGCCUGCGAAGAUGGGAGACAAGGCAGGCACCAGAGUCUUCAAGAAGUCCAGUCCCAACUGCAAGCUCACUGUAUACCUGGGAAAGAGAGACUUUGUGGAUCACCUAGACCAUGUAGAUCCAGUGGAUGGAGUGCUACUAAUAGACCCAGAGUACCUAAAAGACCGUAAAGUCUUUGUGACUCUGACCUGUGCAUUCCGGUAUGGCCGUGAGGACCUGGACGUUCUGGGUUUGUCCUUUAGGAAAGACCUCUACAUCUCCACCUUCCAGGCCUUCCCCGCCGCCACCACAGAGGAGGAGCGGAAACCACUUAGCCACCUGCAGGAGAGACUGCUGAAGAAGCUGGGCCAGCACGCACACCCGUUCAACUUCACCAUCCCUCAGAACCUGCCCUGCUCAGUCACUCUACAGCCAGGACCAGAGGACACGGGGAAGGCUUGUGGAGUGGACUUUGAGGUCAGAGCCUUCUGCGCCAGGACUGUAGAGGAGAAAAUACACAAAAGGAACUCUGUGCGUCUGGUGAUCCGUAAGGUGCAGUACGCCCCUGAGAAGCCUGGUCCUCAGCCCAUGGUGGAGACGACGCGAUCCUUCCUACUGUCAGAUAGAUCCCUACAUCUAGAGGCCUCACUGGAUAAAGAGCUCUACUACCAUGGCGAGCCUAUCAGUGUGAAUGUCCAUGUCACCAACAACUCCACCAAAACAGUGAAGAGGAUGAAAAUUUCAGUGCGUCAGUAUGCCGAUAUCUGUCUGUUCAGUACGGCUCAGUACAAGUGUCCUGUUGCACAGGAGGAGGCAGAUGACCAGGUGUCCCCCAGCAGUACGUUCUGUAAGGUGUACACUCUGACUCCCAUGCUCACCAAUAACAGAGAGAAGAGAGGCCUGGCUCUGGACGGGAAGCUGAAGCACGAAGACACCAACCUGGCCUCCAGCACCAUAGUGAAAGAUGUGUCCAAUAAGGAAGUUCUGGGGAUCCUGGUGUCCUACAGAGUCAAGGUCAAACUAGUGGUGUCCCGUGGCGGCGACGUGUCGGUGGAGCUGCCUUUUGUCCUGAUGCACCCCAAACCCUCAGACCAACACAUUUCCAGACCUCAGUCAGCCGUCCCAGAAACUGAUGCCCCAGUGGACACUAACCUUAUAGAGUUUGAGACAAAUAAUUUCUCUCAGGAUGAUGACUUUGUGUUCGAGGACUUUGCCCGUCUCCGACUGAAAGGAAUGAAGGACGAUGAGGAUGACCACUUCUGCUAAUUCUCCCUGCCCCAGGACCAGGCACCCAAACCUGGGGAGAGGAGCUAGGCGAGUCACUGGUUUAGCCUCCGCACCAGACAGUAGACCCAACUCCAGAAAAGGGGUGCAGGGGCACUCAGAUAUUUUUAAAAGCCUCUCCCCGUUCUCUUCAUAUUCAAAUUGCUCUCCCAUCUUCUUUCUCCUACAUUUGCGAUGGCAUUGUUAAUUUCAUCUCCUUCGUUUUGUCACUCCUUUUGUUUGAGAAACAGAGAUAAUGAGAGAGAUGGAGAUUAUUUAAAGGGCAUGUCGAGUCAACUGUCUCUGUUUUAGGAAAUCAUUCUAUAUGUUUUGGGUCCAUUCGUUGAUUCAGGGUCGAUCUUAUAUGUUCUAUAGGUCCCACAAGCGGUCAGACAGACAGAUAUACAGUGCCUUCCGAAAGGAUUCGGCCCCCUUGAACUUUGUGACCUUUUGCCACAUGUCAGGCUUCAAACAUAAA